AUAUAUAUAUAUAUAUUUGUUCACCUCGUACUCGUAGUACGUACACUCGUUCGUUGAAGUAUUUGUAAAACAGACCUCAAGAUGCUAGCGUCGUAAACUGGCAGUGAAGUUUAACUGGAUACAUGAUACACCUGCUCUAAGCUCAAAUUUAGAUAGAUACUUGUAAUGAUAGAAACCCAUCAGGUGAUGCGUUUUUCAGUUUACAAUGCUUGAUCAUCUUUUUUCGGCAUGGAUGUGGUUUGGAUCAAACCGGCCAGGAUAUUGUAGUGGAACAUUUGUAAUAGUCAUAUUCAUUUUAUUGACUUGGCUCUGUGGUAUUCACGCCAGUCUAAGUUUAGGACCAGGUGGGGAAUUUCCUGGAUUUUAUGACUUUAUCUUCUACGCCUUCAGUAAUGAAGAGUUGACCUCAUUUCUCUACAACAUCACCCUGCUGCUGUGGAUCGGGCCCUGUCAGGAGAGAAGAUGGGGCACUUUUGUCUUCCUAGUUCUCUCUUUUAUCUCCACUGUGCUUCUUCCUCCUAUUUAUGGCCUUUUUCUCUUUGUUACCGGGGAUGAAGCCAGCAGGGUUAGUGGAUACUCAGCCACCCACCUUGCCCUGCUCACAGCUCAGUGUCGGCAGGUGAAGCAGAGAAGGGUCCUGCGCUUUGUUCCUGUCUGGUUCUUGCCUUGGCUCUUCUUGCUCCUCAACCUCUUUCUGCUUCCCAGUGCUCCAGGACUACUGCAUUUUUAUGCCAUUUGUCUGGGACUCAACUACAAUAAUGAGUUUAUUGAAAUACUGGAGCAGAUAGAGAGACUGGGUGCAUGUUCCUGCUUGCCAAAAUGGGCCUACAUCCCUGUUACCUCUCAUCCACACCUGCCAGUUUACCACAACACCUCAAUAAGACCAGAGCCUUCAACCAGUAGAUCCCAGUUGGAAGAUCAUUCGGCAUGGCAGCAUUCUGUGUUAGAGUGGCAUCAGGAGCCUUUGUUGGCAACAGAUUCACAGUUGUUAGAGGAACAGAUGCUGAGAGCAGGGAUAUUAGCAUCACUCCACGAUGCACCUGAAGGUGAAGCGGACAAAGUGGAAGUACCCAAGUCCUCAGUGUCCUCAUUAAGGUUGCAACAGCUGGAGAAGAUGGGCUUCCCCACAGAGAAAGCUGUUGUGGCUCUGGCCGCUACAGGGCAGUUGGAUGGAGCGAUCUCUCUGCUUAUUGAUGAUCAGAUUGGGGAGGAGGCUGUGGUCAUCUCUAAAGGGAAGAAGCCAUCAUCAUCGUCAUAGCUCAGAGAUACUGCUUCAAAUUGAAGCUGUCCUAUAGCAUCACUCUAGUAUAAUUCCAUUACUUAAGCAAAGCAUCGAUCUUCAGGGUGAACUGUUACUUUGUAUUUACUACUUCAUGACUUUUUGGGUGUGCAAGAAAAAAAUCCAGUAGAUUAUUUGUGGUUUGUUAUUUAUAUUAUGGUAUUGGCAGCUUUUAUGAUGUAAACCCAUACUCUCAAUCUGUCCCAGUGGUUGAGACAUGGACGUUCCAAAAAACCUCUCCACGGACACGGUGUCAUUAAAUCCACAUUAUUAGAAUGUCAGGCCAGGAGUCAUGUGCAUAUGUCAGUAUUUAGGCCCUAUUUUAGUCAAGGUUUUUUUGGCUACAGAUUAUUCUUUAUUAAAAUAUUGUCAAACAUUCAGUAAAUACUAAGUAUUGAUAAAAACGUGGAUUGUCUUAAAAAAGAAACACAACAAAGUUUAUUUUGUUUUUAACACCAAUUGGUAAGACUUUGCACGCUGGCAAGACAAAUUCACACGAGGCUAGAAAUGAAAAAAUACAGGUGACGUUACAUGAAUUGGUAUACAGAAUAAGGAAAACAUCAAUCGCUAAUAAUCAUCUAUAAAUAAUUAAUACAACAAUAUUUAUAUAGGAAUACAAAGACAUGGAAAAGUAUUGACGAAGGAAACCAGUCCUAUGCAUGUGCAUGAAACUGAUGGAAAGACAUGCAUGAAACACAAAAACAGAAUUCAAGUUAUACGAGUAGUUUUCCCACUUCCCCUUGUGCUCCAGUUAGAUCUUAUUUAGUUUAUGGACCUCUAGGUCACACAAUUGCAAUUUUUUUAUUUGAUUUAUUUUAGGGUUACUUAAUAAUUGUCCUAAACUAGAGGAGAAUCCUAAAAUUGAAUUCAGAACCACUUAAACUCAUGCUUUAACAAAACGAUUUUAAAACCAUCGAAACAAUUCGUUUUCACUGAUUCAAAUCUGGUUACAGCUUCAAAAGGGAGAGGAAACCCAAAGCCAUUUUCUAUUUCAACUAAAUUGUCUAUUAAGGUUUAUACAUGUUUAUGUC